AUGGCGGCUGGUUGUGUCUGUGUGCGCGUGCAGGUGCAGAGCCCGAGCCCGGUGGUGAAGCUGGGGGCAUGGGGCAGUGACGCCGGGGCCGCCCACGACAUCGACGUCAGGGCUGCGGCGCCGCACCGGCUGGAGAGCAUCGUCGUCCGCAGGGGCAAGGUCAUCGACUCCGUCGCCUUCACCUACACCGACGAGGGCGGGCAGCUGCACACCGCCGGGCCCUGGGGCGGCACCGGAGGCGUAGAGGAAGACACGAUCACCCUUGGGCCCACGGAGUACGUAACCCAAGUCGCCUGGUCGGUGGGCCCGUUCGAGUUCAAGGAGAUCGAUGACUGCGUCACCUCACUCAAGUUUGUGACCAACCAGGGGGCCACCUAUGGCCCCUUCGGCCGAGGGGACGGCGCGCACCACAGCCUGCCGGUGCUCGACGGUGGCAGCCUCGUCGGCAUGUUCUGCCGCGCUGGAGACUUCCUCCACGCCAUCGGCUUCUACGUCCGACCCUUGGCCAUCGUCGAACCGACAGCCUCGCCGGCCAAGCCUGAGGGGGAGAGUUUGCUUGCCGUAGCCAUCGAGGGAUAG